GCUCCGAGAUAUGGCUCAUACCAGCUCCAUUGUCAUCCUUGCGUUGAUCGUGCUUUGCUGCGCUAGCGGCCUGGCAAAACCGGCCAGUCAGGACUAUGGUCGCAUUGUGGGCGGCAACGAUUUGGUCAUACACAAUGCACCCUGGCAGGUGUCCAUACAAGUGAGCGCGCGUCAUGUAUGCGGCGGCGCUAUCUACAGCAAGGAUAUCAUCAUCACAGCGGGUCAUUGUGUGCAGGGUACAUCCGUGACGUUGCUGCAGGUGCGCGUGGGCGCCAAUCAACACAAUUCCGGCGGAAGUCUUUUACCUGUAGCAACCUACCAGAUCCACGAACAAUACGAUGGAAGGCUGCUGCACUACGACAUUGCGUUGGUGCGUCUGGCCAAGCAGCUCACAUUCAGUCUGUCCGUCAAGGCCAUUGCGCUGACCAGCACGAGUCCAACAGCGGGCAGCAGUGUCUCCGUCAGCGGCUGGGGCCAUACGGAAGAGAGUGGCGACACUGGCUUUGCCCAAAGCCUGCAGUUGGUGCAACUGCAGAUUAUUGAGCGUGGCGACUGCGCCUCCGCCAAAUACGGCUAUGGUUGGGAUUUUGUCGGCACGGAAAUGAUAUGCGCCGCUGCAGCCGGCAAGGAUGCCUGCGCCGGCGAUUCCGGAGGUCCCAUGGUCUCCGACCGUUUGCUGGCGGGCAUCGUGGCCUGGGGGUACGGCUGUGCGCAGCCCAAUUAUCCGGGCGUUUAUGUAGAUGUCGCCAUACUGCGAUCCUGGAUAAUUAAAACAGCAAAUGCCAUAUAAAAAAGUUGAAUUAUAAUUUACACCAAAGUUGUUAUACAAUAAAAGAAUAA